AUGCAAUGUUGUCUCAUCUUGCUGUUUUUAAUACCAUUUAUCUCGACAUACACCGAUCCAUCUGCCACAAAUCCAGAAUUGAUAAAACGUUUUGAAUAUAAACUUAGUUUUAAAGGACCACAUUUAGUAUUCAAAGAUGGUACAAUACCAUUUUGGUCAUUUGGAGGAAGUAAACGAUGCCCAACAUGGUGGAUUUGGUGUCAAAAUGUAUUAACAGCCGACAAUUGGGUGUUGGAUGUUAAGUUAAGAGUGAUGGGACGUGGAAGGACUGGCGCAGAUGGAAUGGCUGUAUGGUUUACAGAGAAACCUGGUGUUGAAGGACCAGUAUUCGGAUCAAAUGAUUUAUGGAAAGGCUUGGGAAUAUUUUUAGAUUCAUUUGAUAACGACGCGCUGCAAAAUAAUCCAAUUAUAGCUGUGAUGGUGAAUGAUGGUACAAAACAGUAUGAUCAUCAACAUGAUGGAACUGACCAAAUACAAGGAAGCUGUAUCAGAGAUUUUAGAAAUAAGCCAUUACCAAUUAGAUUAAAAAUUGAAUUUUUUAACAAUGUUUUAACGUUAUACAUCAAUAAUGGUUUGACUCAAGAUGAUAAUGCUUUUGAGUUUUGUACACGUGUUGAACAACCAAAUUUACCAAAAUCAGGCUACCUCGGCGUUUCAGCUGCCACAGGUGGUCUGGCUGAUGAUCAUGACGUAAUAGAAUUUUUAUCAUAUACAUAUAUUAAUAAACAAUCUAUGAAUCAAGCAAACGAAGAACAAAUGAAAAAAUAUAAUGAGGAAUAUGAAAAAUAUGAUCAGGAUUUGAAAAAACAACGUGAAGAUUACCAAAAAGAUCAUCCUGAUGCACCUCAACCUACUGAUGAGAAAUCUUUAUAUGAAUCCGAAUACGACCGGGAAUUUCGUCAAAUAUUAGAAACACAAGGUCAAAUGCGUUAUUCAUUAGUAAAUAUUGACAGACAAAUGGCUGAACUAUUAGGACGAAUUGAAAGAUAUCAAGGAAUAAAUCAAAUCGUUUCGACUGGAAUACAGGGCGAUGAUAACAUUCCAUCUGAUAUAGCACGUGUUCAAGAUAUAAAUCAUGUAAUUAGUUCUCAGAGUGAUGUAACAAAAACAAUUCAAAGUCUGAGCCAUAUUCUCGACGAUUUACAACAAAAAAUCAAUUACUUACAAAAUCAACCUCCUUCUGAUAGUUUAGCCACGCCCACUGAUAUUGUUACCAAAGGGAGCUUAUCAGAUAACAUGAUAUUAAAUGAACUUAUGAAUAUAAUUAAAGCCAUUAAACAAGAAACGAAUGUUUUAAUGCUACAAUCAGGUACUCAAACAAAGUGUCCAAUAUCGAACAGCGGUACCUGUUUGGGUCGUUUUUUAUUUUUAUCAGUUAUUUCCGUACAAAUUGUUGCUAUUAUUGGUUAUUUUACAUACAAGAAUCGUCAAGAACGUGUAUCCAGAAAAUAUGUCUAA